CCAAAACUUACGUUCCCAAAUCCCAUAGAAACUCCAUCUCUAGCCUCCACUCACUCCUCACCGAGAAAAACACAAACUAUAUCAUAUAGAUCCAAUGGGAAAGAAAGCGUUGAAGCUUCCUUUUCCUUCUCUUUUCAAAACCAAGGAAGCACAACCUAGAAAGCAUUCAUGGCAAUUCAUGCCCUCUUGUGGCCACCCCAAGACCCUCUCUUUCCGUGAUGGAGAUGACAUCUUCAAGACAGUUAAUUCUGUAUUCUUUGACCCUUCUGAGAGCACUAUUGAAACUCCAAAGUCUUGGUUCACAACCUCGUCUGAAUCUGCCAGCAUCUCCACCGAGUCUGAAGACUACAACUACAACUGUGAUGGUGAGUCUUUGGAGAUGUUAGUACGUGGGGUGAGGUCAGAGAGGCUUUUUUUCGAACCCGGUGACACAAGCUCCAUCUUGGAGAAGGCUAAGGCUAGUGGGUUUCCGUUCAAAGAAAGUGUGGUGCUUGCUAUGGAAUCAGAGGAUCCAUUUGAGGACUUUAGGAGAUCAAUGGAAGAGAUGGUUGAGUCUCAUGGUGUUAGAGAUUGGGAGGGUUUGGAGGAGCUUUUGAGUUGGUAUUUGAGGGUCAAUGGUAAGAAAAAUCAUGGCUUUAUAAUAGGUGCUUUUGUUGAUUUGCUUAUUAGUAUCACAGCUUCUACAUCUAACUCUUGUACUAAUUCAACUACCUAUUCUUCUGCUGUUUCUUCCUUUGCUUCUUCACCUUUGUGUCGUCUAUCUCAUGUCCAGAAUGUUAUUGAGAUUGUCGAGCAUGAAAAUGAAGAUCCUGUAAUGUCUUAG